AUGACCAACCAGGCACAGGGAAACCAGCUCAGCUCCAAAAAGGGCAACGAAGCGACGCCCCGAGAUGAUAACACAGAGAUGGCCUUUAAAGACGCAGGACAUUGCAGCCGCAACACACACAACUUGCUGCUGGGCUUCACCGUGGGAGGUGUAGUGAUGGGCACAGUGUUCGGAAUGCUGCUCCGGUACAUGGCGGUUCGAGACAUGUCGGCCCUGACCAUGGUGUCGUUCCCGGGGGAGAUCCUGAUGAGGAUGUUAAAAAUGCUCAUUCUGCCUCUCAUCAUCUCCAGCCUCAUUACAGGUCUAGCAGGUCUGGACGCUCGCUCCAGUGGGAGGAUGGGCAGCAGAGCCAUGGUGUACUACAUGUCCACCACCGUCAUCGCCGCUGUCCUUGGAGUGAUCCUGGUCCUCAGCAUCCACCCAGGAAACCCCAAACUCCGAGGGGGCGACUCAAGCUCCACCGGCUCAAGGUCCACCAGCUCAGCUCCCCGCAACCAGGAGGUCAGCAGUUUGGACGCCUUCCUCGACCUCAUCAGAAACCUCUUCCCCGAAAACCUGGUCCAAGCCUGCUUCCAACAGGUUCAGACAGUGUUAAAGAUUGUCCAUGUGUCUGUGUCAAACCAAACAGAGCCUCUGUUGGUUGGAAAGAAGAAGCUGGAGUACAAGUGGGGCAUGAACGUCCUGGGUCUGAUCGGAUUCUUCAUCACCUUUGGGAUCUGUAUGAGUCGGAUGGGCGAGCGAGGACGCGUCAUGUGUGAUUUCUUUAACAUCCUCAACGAGAUCAUCAUGACCAUGGUGUCCAUGAUCAUGUGGUACUCCCCUGUGGGCAUCGCCUCUCUGAUCGCGGGGAAGAUCGCCUCCAUCGGGGACCUGGAGGUGGUGGCUCGUCAGCUGGGCAUGUACAUGGUCACUGUUAUUGUGGGUCUGGUGAUCCACGGAGGCCUCAUCCUGCCCGCCAUCUUCUUCGCCAUCACCAGGAAAAGCCCCCUCACCUUCUACUCUGGAAUCUUCCAGGCCUGGAUCACGGCUCUGGGCACGGCCAGCAGUGCAGGCACAUUGCCAGUAACGUUCCGGUGUCUGGAAGAGAACCUAAAGAUCGAUAAAAGAGUGACACGGUUCGUGCUUCCAAUCGGAGCCACCAUCAACAUGGACGGCACUGCGCUGUACGAGGCUGUGGCGGCCAUCUUUAUCGCGCAAAUGAACGACAUCACACUGGACGGAGGCCAGAUCAUCACUGUCAGUAUGACGGCGACUCUAGCGAGUGUGGGUGCGGCCAGUAUCCCGAGCGCCGGCCUGGUCACGAUGCUCCUUAUCCUUACCGCUGUGGGUCUACCCACUCAGGACAUCAGCCUGCUCAUCGCUGUGGACUGGCUACUAGACAGGAUGCGCACCUCCAUAAACGUGGUGGGUGACUCGUUUGGCGCCGGGAUCGUGGACCACCUGUCGAAGGCGGAGCUGGCGGAACUCGACGCGGCCGACCUUCAGUUGAUGGCGCCCGCGGAAGAGGGACCGGUGGAGGGGGAGGAGCUAGACUUUGUGCCCCCUCCCCCGGUCCUCACUGAGCUCGAGCUGAUGGACCCUCUCCGACCUCCCGAGCUGCCCCCGCGCUCUCCUCGUCCGCCCAAACUGAACCACCACACGGUCACAUACUCGCCCGCUCGCUCCAUCCGCUCCCCCUCCCCGCGCUCCGUCCGCUCCCCCUCACCCCGCUCCCUCUGCUCUCACUCCCCUCGACCUUUACGCACCCACUCCCCCCACCUCCUGCGACGAGUCGAGCCGGGAUACUGCGCCCUGCCCAGCUGCGACAACCAGAUUCUGCCUCGGCCGCGUUCCUUCAGAGAGCUGGAACGUGAUCGAGAGUUUCAGCGUCUGAGGAGAGAGAGUGAGACGGAGGACGACGACGAGAGAGACCGAGUGUUGGACCUGAGUGACGGAGAAGAGAGCGACGACACAGCAUACGACCGGAGACACGCCCUCUCGCCAUGUGACCUGCCCUGA